AUGGCUCGAGGUAGCCGUGCUGGGUGGCCCGGGCGGGGUCGCGUGGGCGGCGAGCGGUCGGGGUGGCGUGGACGGUCCCGCGCAGCCCUGGAGGCGGCGGCCGGGGCCCAGGACCUCAGGAUCGUGGGCCCCCAGUCCUCAGAGCCUCGCCCAACCUCUGUUUCCUCCCGACGCCCAGUGUGGCAGCAGCCGUUCCUGAACGUCUUCAGACACUUCAAGGUGGAUGAGUGGAAGCGAUCGUCCAAGGAGGGCGAUGUGGCCUCUGUGAUGGAUAAGACGCUGAAGAGCGCCGUGUACCGUAUCCGGGGAUCUGUGUCCGCUGGCAACUAUAUCCAGCUCCCCAAAACCAGCACCCAGUCCCUGGGGCUGACUGGGCGCUACCUGUAUGUGCUUUUCCGGCCCCUGCCCACCAAGCAUUUCAUCAUCCACCUGGACGUGUCCACUGAGGACAGCCAGGUUGUCCGCAUGUCUUUCUCCAACCUCUUCAAGGAGUUCAAGUCCACAGCUACGUGGCUUCAGUUCCCCUUUAUCUGGGAGGCCCGGCUGUCCAGGCCAGACCAGGCAGGCGCAGCGCCCCCCGGCACCCGCUGGACCUGCCUACAGCUAGACCUGCAGGCCAUCCUGCUCACGUACCUGAACCGGUGCUACAGGCACCUCAGGAGCGUCCGGCUGUGUGCCAGCCUGCUAGUCCGUAACCUGUACACCAGCGACCUGUGCUUUGACCCCGCUGUAACUGUGACUGAGGCCCGGCGUGACAAGCUGGCUGUCACUCCCAUGCCCCGAGAAAUGGCAUUCCCGGUGCCGAAAGGAGACCGCUGGCACGACCACUACGUCCAUAUCCGGUUUCCAAGUGACAGCCUGGAAGCACCCCGUGAGCUGGGUUGGAAGAGCUGCUCCCCUCCUGAGGCAGGCCUCCCGGGGCCUGGGCUGCAGCUUCAUCCACGUGUGGUGGCUGGCGGCAGAACCCUACAGGACGGCAUAUCUGCCCUGGUCCAGACGUCCAGCCUCACAGCCUCCCGCCGGGCCCCCUUGGUGCCUGCGCCCCUCCCAGAGGUCAGCUUGUCCUGUGAGCGCCUGGGGGCCUUGGCCCGCGUGGGGGCCGGCGACAGCAUCCACGUAUUUGCCUGCACACCAGCCACGGCGCCUGCAGCACAGGACGAUAUUGGCGUUCGGGAGGUGCGUGUGUCUAGGCAGCUGUGGGCCUCGCUGCAUUGGGCCCAGGGCGCUGACCGCCAGCAGCAAGCAGGGCAGACAGGCGGCUCGGAGCAAGAACCUCCCUCUCCCAAGAGUAAGGAUGCAGCCUGUGCACUGCCCCCAGCUCUCAGUCCCACUCCAGCCCCUGGGAGCCUGGUCUCCUGCCACAUGGUGGGCACCCACUCGGGAGGGGGCGGGGACAGGCUGUGCCCUGUGGGGCUCUCACCAGGGGCCUGCCGGUUCCAGAGCUUCCUCCCGGACCCGAUUCUGAGGCUGAAGGGUGCCAUCGGCUUCGGGGGCCACAGCAGCAGAUGGGCCCUGUGGACCAAGGACGGGGCCUCUGUUGUGUACCCCUGCCAUGCAGUCGUUGUCGUCCUACACAUCAGCACAGGCGAGCAGCGCUUCUUCCUGGGCCACACAGACAAGGUGUCCGCCCUGGCUCUGGACGGGAGCAACUUGCUGCUAGCUUCGGCGCAGGCACAGCCUCCGAGCCUGGUGUGGCUGUGGGACUUCAGGACGGGGGGCUGCCUGUCCAUGUUUCAGAGCCCACUCCACUCUGUCUGCUCCCUCAGCUUUUCUGACAGUGGGGCGGUUCUCUGCGGGGUCGGCAAGGAUGGCCACGGGAGGACGAUGGUGGUGGCCUGGGGCACCAGCCAGGCGAGCCUUGGGGGUGAGGUCAUCAUUCUCGCAAAGGCUCACACCGACGUGGACGUCCAGUCCUGGGCGGUCGCCUCUGAUGACACCAGGAUGGCAUCGUGUGGGCGAGGCAGCGUGAGGCUGUGGAGGCUGCGGGCUGGGGCCCUGCGCUCCUGCCCGGUCGACCUGGGGGAGCAUCACGCGCUGCACUUCACUGACCUUGCCUUCGAGCGCGGCCAGGACGGGCCGCACACACUCUACGUGUGCAGCCGGAGCGGCCACAUCCUCGAGGUGGACGUCCAGCACGUGGCCGUGCGGCACGCACGCCGCCUGCUGCCCAUGCAGCCCCCCAGCGGCUCCCACACACAGAAGCCCACCUUCACCUCGGGCCCUGGUGUUGCCAUCAGCAGCCUCAGUGUGUCUGCGACCAUGUGUGCUGUGGGCUCUGAGGACUGCUACCUGCGUCUCUGGCCCCUGGACUUCCGUGCCGUACUCCUGGAAGCAGAGCAUGAGGGCCCAGUCAGCUCGGUCCGUGUCAGCCCUGAUGGUCUGCGUGUGCUGUCCACCACCACCACGGGUCACCUUGGGCUCCUGGACGUGGCGUCCCAUGAAUACCACGUGCUGGCUCGCUCACACACCGCCUCUGUGCUGGCCUGUGCCGUGGAGCCGGGCAGCAGGCAGCUUGCCACCGUGGCCCGGGACAACACUGUCUGCAUCUGGGACCUGGUGACCCUGCGGCAGCUGUACGACCUCAGGCCCUCUGACCAGGCCCCGUGUGCAGUGGCCUUUCACCCCACACGGCACAUCCUGUUCUGUGGCUUCUGCGGAGGCACUGUGCGGGCUUUCAGCCUGGUGGCCUCAGACGCACUGAUGGAGCACAGGCGACACAGAGGAGCAGUGACGGGCCUGGCUGUCACCCCCGAUGGAAGCUUCCUGUUCAGUGCCUGCUCUCAGGGCACCCUGGCCCAGUAUGACUGUGCAGCACCCCGGUGCUCCGUCCUCCGUGUGGCAGGGAACAUGGUAUGCCAGGACACUGGGCCAAGCCCCAGCACCCUGGCAGUGAGCAGAGACAGCUGCCUGCUGGCCUUCGUGGGUCCCUCCAAGUACACAGUGACUGUUGUCGGCACAGCCUCCCUAGACGAGCUUCUGCGGGUGGAUGUCAGUGCCCUGGACCCAGCUGGCAGGCACCGGGACUCGGCUGUGGCUGUCUGCUUUGGGCCUCUGCCCACUGGCCACCUACUGGUGUCCACCUUAUCCUCCAAAGUCCUGGUACUGGAUGCUGCAUCAGGGCGUACCGUCCAGGAGCUGUCCGGCGUCCACCCUGUGGCCUGCUCCUCCCUGGCUCUCAGCGAGGAUGCCCGCCUCCUGGUGACGGCUGGUGACCGGGCCAUCAAGGUGUGGGACUCCCCAGCACAGGCGUACCCUGGCUGCCAGGUAUUCAUCGGACACUCGGAGCCUGUGCAAAGCGUGGCCUUCACCCCUGACCAACGGCAGGUCCUCAGUGUGGGGGAUACCGUUUUUCUCUGGGACAUUCUGGCCUACCCUGAAAGGACGCCCUGGGGCAGGCAAGUGUCCGCCCUCAUCCCCUGCCCACCUGCCACGUGGCACCUUCUCAACCCCAUGUCUCGUUUCUGCAGUGCCCAGGGCUCGGCCAAGACUCCCCCAGCCGGGGAGGUGGGGCUGGGUACAGGACAGCAGGAAGAGGAGGCGGCCUCUGGGGCCUGUGGGCUCCCCCGGCGCCAGGUGCCCAUGCCAUUGUCCCAGGCCUCCCCACCCCAGUUGGCCAUCAGCCCCACACCCGCUGAGGGCAGUGACGGUGCCAGCAGCCCCAGGGACACCAUGGCCCCCACUGCCACCCGCCCUGACUGCUACAGGCACUUUGUGCCACGUUUCAAGACCUCCUGCCUGCCCCAGUGGUGUGACCCUGAGGGGGUCUGGGUCUUGUGCAAACAGAGUGCUGCUUUCCCUCCGGCUGGCUGCGAGCGGCUGCGUCUGAAGGCUGUCGUGGGCUACAGCGGGAAUGGGCGGGCCAACAUGGUGUGGAGGCCGGACACAGGCUUCUUUGCGUACACGUGUGGCAGCCUGGUGGUGGUGGAGGACCUGCACUCUGGCUCCCAGCAGCACUGGCUUGGCCACCCUGAGGAGGUCUCCACACUGGCCCUCAGCCACGAUGCCCAGGCUCUGGCCUCGACCUCGGGCUGCAGCAGCAAGUCUGCCCGCUGCCAGAUCCGCGUAUGGGACGUGUGCACGGGCGCCUGUCGGAGGCUCAUCUUCUACCACGACUCUGCUGUCCAGGCCCUGGCCUUCUCGCCAGACGACAGACUCCUCGCCACAGUGGGUGACUACAGCGACCGCACCCUAGCCCUGUGGAGCACGGCCACCUACGAGCUCGUGACCUCCACCCGCCUCCUGGAACCAGUGCACAGUGUGGCCUUCGGCCCUGGGGAGGCCACCAAGCUUGCCUGUGUGGGCCAGGGUGCCAUCACCUUCUGGUUCCUACAGCAGCAUGGGGCAGACAUCCACCUCCAGGUACGCCGUGAGCCCCUCCCUGUGGGGGUGGGGGCCGGCGAGCUGACCUCGCUGUGCUUUGGUGCCCCACCCCUGCUCUUCUGCGGCUCUAACGCGGGUCAGGUGUACGUCUGGGACACACGCUCCAGGAGGUGCUUCCUGGCCUGGGAGGCUGAUGACGGCGAGAUUGGGGUGCUGUUGUGCUCGGGGGCACGUCUGGUCAGCGGCAGCAACACGCGAAGACUGCGCCUGUGGGCUGUGGGGGCCGUGCCGGAGCUGAGGCUGAAGGGCUUGGGGGCCAGGUCUGGCGCCGUCCUCCUGGAGCGUGAACUGAUGCUGGAUGGGGCCAUUGUGAGUGCCGCCUUCGAUGACCAGCUGAGUAUGGGCAUCGCGGGCACCACCGCAGGCACGCUCUGGUACGUCAGCUGGGCCCAGGGGACCAGCACCCGCCUCGUCAGUGGCCACAGGAACAAGGUGAACGAAGUGGCCUUCAGCCCUGACGAGGCGCGCUGUGCCACCUGUGCUGAGGACGGGAGCGUGCGGGUCUGGUCCGUGGCCAGCAUGGAGCUGGUGAUCCAGUUCCAGGUAUUGAGCCAGAGCUGUCUCUGCCUGGCGUGGAGUCCCCCCUCCCGCAGACACCUGGGGCCCCAGCGUCUGGUGGCUGGCUAUAGCGACGGCACCCUGAGAAUCUUCAGUGUCUCCCGCACGGAGAUGGAGAUCAAGAUGCGCCCCCACCCAUCUGCACUGACAGCCGUGGCCUUCACCGCCGACGGUCAGAUUGUUCUCUCCGGGGACAAGAAUGGGCUGGUGGCUGUGAGCCGACCCCAAACAGGGAUGACUGUCCGUGUGGUGAGAGAUCACCAGGGUGCCCCAAUUUCCGCCAUCCAGUGCAGAAGCAAGGAGCACGGAGACUUUGGAGUGCCAGGUACAGAGCUGUGGCUGGCUGCCAGCGGAGACCAGCGGGUCAGCGUCUGGGCGGCCGACUGGCUGGAGGACCGCUGUGAGCUGGUGGGCUGGCUGAGCUUCCCGGCUCCGGCACUCACUGACCCACCUGGCCACUUGCCUCCCUCCCUCGCUGCCUUCUGUCCCUGGGACAGUGACCUGCUGGUGUGCGCCGGCCUCGGCCCGCGGAAGGAGCUGCUUCUGUACAGCCUCCACCAGAAGCAGGUCGUGGAGACGGUCCCACUGCCCCUCUUCGCCUUGUCCCUGAGCCUGUCCGUGGGAGCCCGCCUUGUGGCUGUUGGCUUCACUGAGCGCUUGCUAAGGCUGGUGGACUUCGCAUCUGGGAGUGCGCAGGACUUCGCCGGCCACGACGACUCAGUGCAUCUGUGCCGGUUCUCCCCGUCCACGAGGCUGCUGCUCACGGUGGCCCACAACGAGGUCCUGCUGUGGGAGGUCUCGGCCGCCCAAGGGGCAGGGACCACUGUGCCUGGCGCCCAGGAGGUCUCCCCAGUACCUGUUGGAACAGCUGGGCCUCCUGCUGGCCACAGAGCCUGCAGUCGCCAGUGA